UGGUGUAUAAAAUUUUUAUUCCCUUCCAAAAAUUUCCCUUUUUCCUUCGUUCCUCAACUUACUUCCUCUAGCUUUGAAUCGUCUCCCUCUCCUGUCUCUCUUCAUCGUACGUCAUAACGGUGUGCCUCUCCUUUAAAACUCACCUGUGUCUCUCUCUCUCUCUCUCUCUCUCUCUCUCAAGAAAUGUUGAGAUCUGUUUGCUAGCAGAUCUACACAUUCAUCGCAAUCCAAUCUCACAUCUUCCCCUCCAAAAAAAUCCUUCCUUUCCUCUCUCGCUCUCUCUCUCUACAAAUCUCUGUAUAAAUAAAUCCAAGGAAGGGAAAUGGGAGGGUACAGAGCAGACGACGAUUACGAUUACCUCUUCAAAGUCGUUCUAAUCGGCGACUCCGGCGUCGGUAAAUCCAACCUCCUGUCCAGGUUCACCAAGAACGAGUUCAGCCUCGAGUCCAAGUCCACCAUCGGCGUCGAAUUCGCCACCCGUAGCAUCCACGUCGACGAUAAGGUCGUCAAGGCCCAGAUUUGGGACACCGCUGGCCAGGAGAGAUAUCGUGCAAUCACAAGUGCAUAUUAUCGGGGAGCUGUAGGCGCAUUGCUUGUUUAUGACGUCACUAGACACGUUACGUUUGAGAACGUAGAGAGAUGGUUAAAGGAGCUCCGGGGUCACACGGAUACAAACAUCGUGAUAAUGCUUGUCGGCAACAAGGCGGAUUUGCGCCAUUUGCGGGCCGUCUCCACUGAGGAUGCCAAGGCAUUUGCUGAAAGAGAGAGCACAUUUUUCAUGGAGACCUCUGCUCUGGAGUCUAUGAACGUGGAGAAUUCCUUCACAGAAGUUCUUACUCAAAUAUAUCAUGUGGUAAGCAAGAAGGCUCUGGACAUCGGGGAUGACCCAGCUGCUUUGCCCAAGGGUCAAACCAUAAAUGUUGGCGGCAAGGAUGAUGUGUCUGCUGUGAAAAAAGUUGGAUGCUGCUCAACAUAGUGUAAAAGGAAAGUAGAAAAAUAAGAGCCAUUUUCUCAUCUUCCCCCAAUGGGUUCUAAAAUUUAAACGGGUUGUGGAAUAUUUCAAUGCUAGAAGCAUGGCAGAGAGAUGACAAAUUUUCUUUUUGAUGGCAUAUCCUGUUUGGAGAUCUGAAAGCCUCAUGGGCGAAGAUCCGCUUCGUCCUUGGGGUUUUUCCCCCUCCUGUUUUUGUUUUGCAUUCGAUAUUCCUCCCCUUUUAAUGUUCUUCUUUCUGUCAAGUGUACUUCUAUAUUUUGUGGCUGCCCUAUAGGUUAGUUCAUAUUAGUAUUUGAUUGCUGAGGAUUGGGUUCGUUAAUGUAUUAAGAUAUUUGAUUUCCAGAUUA